AUGUCUCGCCCAAACGAUCAGCGUGAGCCACAAUCGGAAUCUACGGAUUUAUUUGCCGAGCCAUCUUCACAAGGUUCCGGUAUGAGAUCUGAGCAAGCUAGUGGUGUAAUGUCUCCAAGAUCAGGGUCAUCGGCUUCUGCUCUUCAUUAUGGAUCAGAAAUGGGAUCGGUUUCCCAAAUGUCAUCACAAUCCACAAUGCGCCGAGGAGGGCCUCGCGGAGAUCUCGGAAUCGCCGCCGUUGACCACCGUACCGUUCAGAUUCAGGGCAUGGAUGAUGACUUGGCCGCGGAUGAUGGACAACCACGACUUUACGUCUGGGGAACUAGAAUUUGUGUGGCUGAUGUUCAAAAAUCAUUCCGAGACUUCCUCACACUGUUCAAAAUCAGUCAUUUGGAUGAAGACGAGAACAUGAUGGCUGGAAAUGAUGAAACUCUUCAUCCAAUUGACAUCAGCCAACCGUACUAUAUGGAACGUCUCCUUGAAUGCAAUGACGCCGAAGUCACUCACAUCAAUUUGAAUCUUGCCCAUCUUCAAUCUUUCUCGGAGCCUCUUUACCGCAAAGUUAUUGCAUAUCCAGCGGAUGUCAUUCCAUAUCUCGACAUCGUAGUCAAUGAAGUCUUCGCCGAACGAUUCAACCGUACUCUUUCUCAAUCUAUUGAACUCCGCCCAUUCAACGCCGAGAAGACUCGUAAUAUGCGUGGAUUGAAUCCGAACGAUGUUGACCAACUGAUCACAAUUUCCGGCAUGGUCACCCGCACUUCUGCUUUGAUUCCUGAGAUGCGCUGCGGUUUCUUCCAGUGUACCGUGUGUUCCUUUGGAAUCGAAAGCGAGGUGGACAAAGGACGCAUUGAAGAGCCAGUAGUUUGCACUAACUGCUCGAACACUCACUGUUUCCAGCUGGUUCACAAUCGUUCUGUUUUCCUUGAUAAGCAAGUUAUCAAGCUUCAAGAAUCCCCAGAUGACAUGCCUUCUGGUGAGACUCCACACACCGUUUCGGUAUACGCCCAUGGUUCGCUCGUCGAGUCAGUGCAACCGGGAGAUCGUAUCACUGUGACAGGAAUCUUCCGCGCUGUCGGAAUGAAAGUCAAUCCAAAGCAAAGAGCUCUUGCAUCCGUUUACCGUACAUCAAUUGAUGCUCUUCAUUUUCGUAAAAUGGACACAUCUCGUUUGCAUCAAGACAAUGGAGAGACGCUAACUGAGGAACGUAUCAAUCAAAUCAUUGAACUUUCGAAACGUCCAGACAUUAUGGAUGCUUUGGCUCAAGCCAUCGCCCCAUCAAUUUACGAGCAUGACGAUGUGAAGAAGGGACUGCUUUGCUUGCUGUUCGGAGGAACUCGAAAAGAUGACGAAACAACGAAUAAAACAAAACUUCGUUCGGAAAUCAACAUCUUGUUGUGUGGAGAUCCAGGAACAUCGAAAUCUCAAAUGUUGCAAUACGUUUAUCGACUUUUGCCACGUAGUCAGUACACUUCUGGAAAAGGAUCCUCUGCUGUCGGACUCACUGCAUCCGUUAGUCGCGACGCUGAUACCAAGCAACUCGUUCUUCAAACCGGAGCUCUCGUUCUCGCUGACAACGGAGUUUGUUGUAUUGACGAGUUUGACAAAAUGAACGACAGUGCUCGUAGUGUUCUUCACGAAGUCAUGGAACAACAGACUCUGUCGAUUGCUAAAGCUGGUAUCAUUUGUCAGCUGAACGCUCGCGCCUCAAUUCUCGCUGCUGCGAAUCCUGUUGAUUCAAAAUGGAAUAGAAACAAGACUAUCGUGGAGAACAUCCAAUUGCCACACACUCUUCUCUCUCGCUUCGAUUUGAUCUUCUUGAUUGUCGAUGCACAGGACGAAAUGCAAGAUCGAAGACUCGGAAAUCAUCUUGUUUCAUUGUAUUUCGAAAAUGACGGUGAUCAAGCUAAAACCGAACAACUUGACAUGAAUUUGCUCAGAGAUUAUAUUGGUAACAUAUGCAAAGGCCAACAUUCAUCCGAAACUUGCGAAGACGCAUCUCAAUUCAUCAUUGAAAAGUACUUGUUCAUGAGAAAAGCUGGUGCUCAACACGGACAAAUCACUGCGUAUCCAAGACAGCUCGAGUCUCUGAUUCGUCUAUCAGAAGCUCAUGCGAAAAUCCGACUUUCACAAGAGGUGUCAGUUGAAGAUGUUGAGAAGGCUUUUACAAAGGUAACCAUUGCUUUCAGUUUGUGGCGUGAAGCUCUUCGUCAAUCGGCUGUUGAUCCAGCCACGGGACGUGUGGACGUGGCCAUUCUAGCUUCAGGAAUGAGCUCAUCGGGAAGAAAAGCCGUUGAAGCGAUGUGCGAAGUCAUUCUGAAGCAGUUGCAGUCUGCCAAGGGAUUUGUUACCUCGAAGGCGUUGUAUCAAACUCUGAAGUCCGCCGAUAAGGCUUGCUCGAAGGAAGUAUUCGAUGAAGCACUCAACGAAUUGACCAAAAAAGAAUCGAUUGCUCGAUCUGGAGAACGCGUUCGAUUCCAGCCAGUCGACGCUUAA